AUGAUAAGAAUUUUAAUUUUUCUUGUUUUUGUGGUGACACAAAUUCUGCUAUCGUUUUGUGAAGUGGCAACUAAUGAACCUAUAAGACAUCCUCAAUGUCCCUCCUACUAUAAUCCACAAAAUCCAACUUUUCUUCCUUACCCAUAUGAUUGCCAAAAGUAUUAUACAUGUCUUAAUGGCUUAGCUUUCACAAUGAUUUGUCCAGAAAAUUUACAUUGGAGCAGUUCUACUAACACGUGUGAUCUACCCAGUAAAGCAGGAUGUAUGUUGAUUAAUCCAUCUUUACAAUCACCUCAAAUAAUAACAUCAAUGUCGGGAGCUGUAUCUACUUAUGCGCCUAAUCCGAACGACUGUAAUCAGUUUUAUUUUUGUCAAGCUAUGCAGUGUCCUGCAAAUCUUCAUUGGAAUGCACGUUUACAACGCUGUGAUCUGCCACAGUUUGCCGCUUGUCAGGCACAACAAUAUUACAUACCAAAUACUAUAUCUUUGCCUACAAAUUCUGCUACACUACCGGUUACUAAUCAGAGUCCUACAAUUUUGAUACCAUCCUAUCCAGCAACAAACUUUUCCAAUGACUUGAACCAACUUUGCAGUGCAUCGAAACAUGCAUAUGUAAAACAUCCGACUGAUUGUCACCAAUUUAUACAAUGCAAUGGCAUCGCAUUUGUGCAUACUUGUCCCGAUAAUCUGUUUUGGAACUCUGAACUGAUGACUUGUGAUCAUUUAUGUAUUUAAUUUGAAUCAUAAGUUUAUACAAUAAAUACGUUAU